UCACAAUUAUCAUAUGCAAACAGUAUGGUGCCUGGGGAUCACUCACUCACUCCUUUAGACAUUCAAGGAUGUUAUCUUGAGAUGGAUCGUACUGGCUGAAAUGUUUAGUGACACCUGAAAGCUUUUUAACCAAGGAUAUAUUGGAUUAAUGCAUUGUCGUAUUGAGUAUUGUUUGUGCAUUUAAACUAUGAGGACUGUCUGAGCUUAAGUUAUUGGAGUGAAUUACAGGACACGGUUAAACAACACUUUUACUUGACCAUGUCUAUCACGGUACUUUUAAAGAAGAUAUAUAACCUACCAGGAAAAUAUGACCGUAAAGUGGAAUUGUCUUUCAGGGAUUUUACUCAUAAAACCAAGAUUUUAGGAUGUGAGAAUAUUGCCAUCUUCAACGAGCACUUCAGAUGGCCUUACUAUGGGAAAAUCGAGAGAGACGAGGUGUUGUCUAUCCGUGUGUACAACUCCAGUAAGAUGUUUAGCAACAGAUUACUGGGCAAGCUGGUGAUCAGCCUGCAGCAUGUAUUGAAUGUGGGACAGAUCCUCCUGCGUGAGCCCUUAACAGACGGUCAACUCUGCCUCACUGAUAUCUACAUAGAACUGGAGGUGAGGUAUAAUCCACUUCAGGGUGCUGCUGGUGGAUGGGACAGUGAGGAUUUCCUCAGGAUAGAGGAAGCUGAUGAUUCAGAGCUUGUCAUAAGAAAUUCAGGUUUUGCUGACCCAAGCUAUUCAGAAAGUCUGCGUCCUCAACAGCUGGACCGUGAGACCAGAUUGAUCGGUCGCAGCCUCUUGAAAAAUGAUAAUGAGAACGGAGAUGAAGACGACGAUAAUGACUACGAUGACGAUUUUGACUUGACAGACAUGGAAUGUGGCAAUGUGACAUUUACUCCUAUUCUGAGUCGUUGCAGGUGUUUGUCGAAACAUGAGCUGGCUAUCGCACCCAAGGUGAAGUCUUUCCAGGUAAAUGUAAAUGUAAUUGAGGCUCAGAAACUGUUAGGGGUGAACAUCAACCCAGCAGUGUAUGUGACUGUCGGAGAUGAGAAAAAACACACGGCUACUCAGAAAUCUACUAACUGUCCAUUUUACAAUGAGAAUUUCAUGUUUGAAUUCCAAGAGACACAGAAUGUGCUGUUUGAUAAAGUUAUUGAGAUUUCUGUUGUUCAUAAGAAAAUGCUUGCAUUUAUGAUGACCUUCAUAGGAACAUUUAAGAUUGACAUCAGCACAGUCUAUCAGCAACCAGAUCACCGUUUCUAUCAGAAAUGGGCUCCGCUUACUGACCCCAAAGACACCCGCGCAGGAAUUAAAGGCUAUGUGAAGUGUACUGUCAGUGUGGUGAUGAAGGGAGACCCCAUGGGCAUGGUCAGUCUGGCACCAGUUGGGAGCCAAAAUGAUGACAUUGAAAAGAAUCUUCUCUUGCCUAAGAGAAUGCCGUCGGAACGUCCUUGGGCGAAGUUUCUCCUGAGGAUAUACAAAGCCGAGGGUCUACCCAACAUGAAUUCUGGUUUCAUGGGGAAGAUGAUGAGAGACAAGAAGGUCUUUCUUGAUCCCUACGUUCAGGUUACAUUUGCCGGCCAAAAGGGAGAGACUUCAGUAGCAAACAACACUAAUGCUCCUGAGUGGAAUGAACAGAUAUCCUUUAUCGAGCAAUUUCCUCCUCUUGCUCGACGAAUCAAAAUCCAGAUCCUUGAUGAUGCAAACAUUGGAGAUGUGGCUGUGGCAACGCACUUCCUGGAUCUUCUUCAGGUCUCCAACCCCAACCGAAAUGGAUUCAACCCCACGUUUGGCCCAUCUUGGGUCAAUCUGUACGGCUCUCCUAAAAACUCCACAUUGAGAGACAUUCACAGGGAUCUUAAUGAAGGGUUGAGCGAGGGGAUCUUCUACAGGGGCAGAAUCCUGCUCUCGCUUUCUGUGGAAGUUUAUUCUUCCCCUACAUCUGUAGUGACGGACAGCAAGAGUGCCUCCAACGUGAAGGACGCCGUCAGCAAACUUAAGCUUAAACGCAAGAGCCGCAAGUCUAAAGGGAAGGCAAGCAAAGAAGCAGUGCCGAGUCAAAGUGGACCGGCUGAGGAAUCUGAGGACACUGCUGCCGAGGUACCAGCUGCUGUCACAGUAGAAGUGGAAGAAGUUCACCCUCUGCCUGAGAAUUUCACAGGAGAUAAAGAGGAAUUUUUGUUGUUUGCCUCUUUGUUUGAAGUAACAAUGAUAGAUCCUUCUAUUGGGUCCAAACCUGUCACUUUCGAGCUCUCCAUAGGGAAUUAUGGGAAAACUGCAGAUGUCAAGUCCAGCAAGAGUGGUAGUCAGGAGAAUUUAGCUGAUGACAGACAACCUCUGUUAGAAUCAGAGGAUGAGUUGGAAAAAGAAGAAGGCCCUCCGAACAAAUCCGUCACAGAUCCCAGGAAAGCACAGCCCACUGAAUAUGAUAGAUCAUUUAGCUGCAUUCCUCUUUUCCGGGAGAAACCGUGCAUUUACGUGUGGAGCUACUUUGAGGAUCACACCUUCAGAUUUCACAACUGUAACUGGUUGACCAAGAUGGCUGACCGACUGGAAUAUGGCAUUGACGAGGUAGAGAUGCUGUUGAAAAGACCCGGAUACAAAGCUAAAGAACGUUUGGUGGACGUUGUGAUGGAAUUCUUUUCCACUUGCAAGCAAUACAGUACGAACCUAGACAGAAAGAGAAAUCCUCGCCAAAACACCCUGGACAAGUGCCGUGUAAACCUCAUCAAAAGAAACAUAGCUAUGCUGGCCAAGCAGGCCCUCCGGGUGAAGAGAAAAACCACGAGGAAUACAGUUAAAGACAGGAUAGCAGAUUUGAAAAACAUCGCCAAGAGGAUUCGCUUCCUGACACAAGAACCUCAGAGCACUUUGCCUGAUGUGUUUCUGUGGAUGCUGAGUGGAGGCAAGCGAGUGGCCUAUGCCAGGAUCCCAGUGAACUCCAUUCUCUUCUCACUGGUGGAGGAGGAGAGGGGUAAAGACUGUGGGAAAAUUGCUACCGUUUACAUGAAGACCCCCGGAGGGCCAGUGGGAGAAAUAUUUGCCAAACUGGAAGUGUACAUGUGGCUUGGUAUCACAAAGUACUCUAAAAACUGUGUCACCAGCCUCCCAGCCGAUUUUAAACCCAUUUACGAGGUGGGCACAUCUGGUGCAGUGAUUCCUCGUAACAUGCCUCCCAUCAAAUUAGCAGUGGAAGACAGCCGUUAUUUCCAGUUACGUGCUCACAUGUAUCAAGCACGCGGCAUCAUCGCGGCUGAUGAUAACGGUCUGUCUGAUCCCUUCGCCAAGGUGGUGUUCUCUACUCAAUGUCAGGUCACACGGGUAAUGGAGGAAACUCUGUCCCCAACCUGGUCUGAGUUACUCCUGUAUAAUCAAGUUCUGCUGGAGGGCAGUAAGGACGACUAUAGAGACGAUCCACCUGUGGUCAUCAUCAACAUCUAUGACUACGACAAACUAGGUAGUCCGAAAGCCCUCGGACGGGCGUAUGCAAAACCAGAGCUGAAGUUCGUGGAGGAGCCGUAUAAGAAGCCCCAGCUACAGUUUUUUGAGAUUACGAAGGGCAAAAACAAAGCCGGUGAAAUCCUGGCUGCUUUCGAGUUAAUCGAACUGAAUUACGCUAGCUUUGGAGAGCCAUCUCUGCCAUUGGAUGUUGACCCCAAGGAACCAUGGUAUGAUAAAGAAGAACGCCAUUUUAUCAUUCCUGAAGGAGUUCGACCCGUGCUGAGGAGAUACAGAAUUGAGGUGCUGUACUGGGGUCUGAGGAGCCUGAAAAGGGUCAACCUUUUUGAGGUGGAGCAUCCUAAAGUGUUGAUGGAGUGUGCGGGCCAAAUGAUAGAGUCAGAGGAAAUUCAGAGCUACAAGUUGAAUCCUAACUUCAAUGAUGUGGUGAAACACUUUGAUGUUGAGCUUCCAGAGCUUGUCUACCUUCAUCCUCCUCUCACAAUCUUCGUAAUGGAGCAAAGAGCUUUUGGAAGGCUGGUCCUGGUCGGAACUCACGUAGUCCAAAACCUGGUACAAUUCGGUCCCAGAGACCAAGAUGAGUGGAAGGACGAAGAAGAAGAGCCAGAGGAGAAAAAGCCGCCAACAAAAAAGACCACUCCUCUAACCACAGUGAUCACCAUGGAUCUGGGAGGACUUCCUCUGAAGGACACCAAAAUCCCCAUCAACCCUCUUAACUUAUUCACAUCUCCAAUCAAAAAGGUUAGAAAGAAAGAUGAGGAGCUAGAGGAGGAGGAGCCUGAAAAGGAGGAGCUCGAUUGGUGGUCAAAGUAUUACGCAUCACUGGCUGAACUUGAAAAACAGGAGGAUGAAGAUGAUGACAUGGAAGAUGCACAUGAUGGAGAUGGUGGGACUUUGUCCAUGGCUGCAAUAGAGGCAGAUGCAGAUGAGAUUACGGUUGAGAUAGAGCCACCUGCUCCAAAGAGGAAGACUAUUGCCACUUUAAAGCUGUACAAGUCUGAGUUGGAAAAUGAAUUCAGUCAGUUCCAGGAUUGGUUGCACAUAUUUCCUAUCUACAAAGGCAAAUCCAUGGACGAUGAAGAGGAAGAUGAAAGUUCAAGAAAUAUGGGCAAAUAUAAGGGAUCAUUUCUUAUCUACCCCAUCAGUCCUGAAGAUGAAGAUGCAGAGUGUCAGAUCACAAAUGGCCUUCCCAAAAAUUCACCCAUCAAAGUCCUUUUGAGAGUUUAUGUAGUAAAAGCAACCAACCUAUCUCCUACAGACCCUAAUGGAAAAGCAGAUCCCUAUGUAGUGGUGAAAAUUGGCCCACAGCAAAUGGACAGCAAAGAUCGUUACAUUCCCAAACAACUCAACCCAGUGUUUGGAGAAGUGUUCGAGAUUACCUUGUCCUUUCCUUUGGAGACCGAGCUUGUGCUGCAGGUGUAUGACCAUGACCUAGUGGGCUCUGAUGACUUGAUCGGAGAAACCCGCGUGGACCUGGAAAAUCGCUUCUUCAGCCGCCACCGUGCCGGCUGCGGCCUGGCCCUUUAUUAUGACAAGGAUGGCUAUAACAAAUGGAGAGAUGCCAAGAAACCCACAGCAAUUUUAUCAGAGCUCUGUCGGAAAAAUGGGAUUCCAUCUCCGGAGUAUCGGGAAUCUGAAAUAAAAGUCCUUAACAAGAUAUUUAAAAUUCCCAAUGAGGCUUUUCCAGAAGAGUUGCUAAAGAAGAAUAAGAAGACCGAAGAAGAUUAUGAAGAGUUGGAUGAGCACAAAGCUCUCAGCGUUCUCCAUCGGUGGGGGGAAAUGAGAGAGUUUUGUGAGGGAGCGUGUCCUCUGGUACCCGAACAUGUGGAGGUCCGAUCGCUGCUCAAUGAGGAGAAGCCGGGUCUUCCUCAGGGUUAUGCUCACAUGUGGAUUGACAUGUUUCCUGUGGAUGUACCUGCACCACCCCCUAUUAAUAUCAAGCCCAGACUUCCAAUAAGUUAUGAGCUGCGUGUGAUCAUCUGGAACACUGAUGAUGUUGUACUUGAUGAUGUCAAUCCCUUUACUGGAGAACCAUCAAGUGACAUCUAUGUUAAAGGCUGGAUUAAAGGUCUGGAUGGUGAGAAACAGGAGACAGAUGUGCAUUUUAAUUCCCUAACCGGAGAGGGAAACUUCAACUGGCGCUUUGUCUUUCACUUCGACUAUCUACCAACGGAGAAGGAGAUCAUCUACAAGAAAAAAGAGUCCUUGUUCUCGAUUGAUGAGACUGAGUUUCGCCAACCCGCUGUUCUGACUCUGCAGGUCUGGGAUUAUGACCGCAUCGGUUCCAAUGAUUUUCUGGGUUCCAUAGAGUUGCGUCUCAGCGAUAUGGUCCGUGCGGCGAAAUCGUCAGGGCAAUGCAGUGUCCAAAUGGCCAAAGACAAGGCUAGCCCUCGCUUCUCCAUUUUCCGCAGUAAAAGGAUGAAAGGCUGGUGGCCGCUCAUCAAGCUGAAGAGCCUGGAGGACAUCGAGAGGGAGGAGAGAGAGGCAGAACAGGAGAAGAAAAGCAAGAAGAAGAAAAAGAAAUCGAGCAAGCGUGGCCAAAUGAAACCAGAAGAUCUGCAAUUUGUGGACAGUAGUGGGAACACCUUUCUGUUAAUGGGUAAAGUAGAAGCAGAGUUCCACUUAGUGACAGCUGAGGAAGCUGAGAAGAGCCCUGUGGGUAAAGCACGUAAAGAACCUGAACCACUGGAGAAACCAAACCGCCCCAAGACAUCCUUCAACUGGUUUGUGAACCCCAUGAAGACCUUUGUGUUCUUCAUCUGGAAGAAGUACAAAAAGUACAUCAUUGCUUUGGUCAUUCUGGUUAUUCUGGCCCUCUUCCUCUUCCUUAUUCUUUACACCAUGCCUACACACAUCAGCCAACUUAUUGUCAGCGGAUAACAAGAUGGAUAUUAAUGUACCGAUUUCCAGAACAAAUAAUACUAGCAAUAGUCUGAUGUGUGUACAUAGCCCAAAUUUUGUCUUUAACGGAAAAACAAAAGCAGUGAGACUUCAACAAUACAAGCAAUUGCUUUACAAACGAAUCAAUGUAUUAUAUUUCAAUGUAAUUUUAUGCUGCUGAUUUUUAUUACAUUCAUUUUAAUAUAGUUUAUAAUAUAUUCUUAUAUUUCUGUUUUUUUAAUGAAUUGAUGUGUAGCAACAA